AUGUCAACAUCAUCAAUGAUAGAAUUACGCCAAACACGUUCGACAACCACAACUACAACACCACCUUUAGUAAAUGAAAUCACUGAUGAAUCAAAUAUUCUUCAUAGUCUUCGUUCAAAUCUUCAUUGUCCAGUAGAAUUCAUACAUAUCUAUAAUCAAUGUUAUCAAAUAACAAGUUUUCGAUCGUCAUUGUUUGAAAUUCUUUGUAAUAUAUUAUCUAAUUCAGUUGAUGUUGAUGCUAAAAUUCUAAAACAUAUUCUUGAGUCUUUAUUAACAAAUCAUGAUAGUUUACUCGUAGAAUUAACUGGUCUACAAUUUAAACAAGAUAUAUUGCCAUUUAUUAAACGUACACUAUCAGCAACAGAAGAAGACGAUAAUGAUGUAUUAUUGUUGUCUUUAAAAUUUCUUAUUAAACUUAUUGAUAAUUAUUCAACUUUACUAAGUUCAACAUUAGCUGAAUGGUUAGCGAGUAUAUUACAUUUUGUUGUUACACGUAUAACAUCAUCAUCGUAUGUAAUUUUCGGUGAUUUAAUAAUUGAUUUACUUACGAAAAUAGUGAAAAAUUUCACACCAUUACCAAAAGAAAUUGUUGACGUAUUAGGUCGCUCGCCAUCAUCAAUUAUUUCGACACAGUUUCUUAGCGAAUUAAAAUCAUGGGUUAAACAUGUUGAUGAUAUAAGAUUAGCUUUAUUUGCUAUUCAUCUAUGGGAACCAUUAGCUGCUCUUCUCAGUCGAUUAUUAACACGUGGACAUACCAAAGGAAAUGAAAUGUUAGCUGUUAUGCAAGAUGCAUUUGUUGUUGCCAAUUAUUCAAUACGUGGCGCUGCAUUUUCAUCAUGGUCAUCAUUUAUGUCUCAUAUUUAUCGAUCAGAUUUAAAUUUACAUCAUGAUGAUGUACAUCAACAACAAUUAUACAAUCGUUUAUUGAAAUUAUUUCUAACACCUUUUCUACCUGAUUAUACAUCGAAAAGUAAAUCAGCAUCAAUAGCUAAAUGCCAUGCAUGGCUAAUAUUAGUAUCCACUUAUCCAAAACAUAUUGACGAUGUGCUUUUACCAUUUCUUUCAUUUGCAUUUGGUUAUCAUAUAUCAUCGAAAGUAGCGUCAAUGUCCACAACAUGGUGGCCAGAAUGUCGUAAAAUGGGUGGCCAAUGUCUUCACGAUGUAUUAACUGAUAAUACAACUGGCGAAACUGUUAUUAAAACAGCCGGCGAUCAAAUACUUCAUUAUUUGUUUGAUAUAAUCGAAGAUGAAUUGUUAGAAUACACAACAACUGAAGAAAAAUCGUUGGGAUUACUCUGUUGGAAUGCUUAUUUAAAUCACUUAACACGUAUAUUUACAACUAAUAAUAAUUCUACUGAUAAUAAUCAACGCGAACAAAUCGAUACUUGUAUUUUAACACGUAUAUUCACAGCGAAUAAUUCUAUGGGUGAUAAUCGACGUGAAAAGAUAAAUACUGGCCUAUUAACACGUAUUGAACAAUUAUGGAUUGAUUCACGUAUUUCAACGAGAUUUCUAUUAAAAUUAUUUGAUACAUUCGAACAAACAGGUUUUCCUUUGGCCAUGGAAACAGUAUUACGUGAGUCAAGUAUACGAACAAAAACAUUGUCAGCUACACAAGUUUAUCCAUUGGAAAACAAGUCUUCAAAUCGUACAAAUCUAUCAGAUCGAUAUCUUCAAAUGAUGUUAGAGCAUACCGUUCGUUUUACUAAUGUUGACGAUGAUCAAAAAAUCGAAGAAACUUACCUUCAUGUUUUAUCAUAUUUGAUCGAUACAUUAUCUAAAACUUCUGAUGAUAAUUUUUGUCAUCAAACAUGUUCAUUAUUACAGAAAUGUUCCAUUGAAUUACCUCUACAACCAUUAAACAUUCCAUCCUUAUUUUGGUACAUAUGGUUACGUUGUUCAACACAUUUAAUUAGUAUUCUCAAUCGUACACGUUCAAUGGAAUUAGAUACUCAACGACAAGAAACAACAAUUGAAUUAUUAAUUCGUCCGUUUGAAUUUGGUGAUAGUCACCGUCUUGACUAUUCCUAUACAUUAUUAUGGACGCAAUUAUUUAAAGCACUUUGCCGCUUAGCACUACUUGAUGGCAAGCAAUUAAUACAAAUAUAUAUGGAAUUAUUUCGGCAUACAUCCGUUUUUCAACAAUCAAUAAAUGAUCAACGGUGUCAACGAUUGUUCGGCUUUCUAUUAACAAUAAUGAAAUCGUUAUUGAAAAUUUUUAAUGAUAUUGAUUUAUCAACAAUACCAAAACGUUCAUUAUCAUCUAUAAUGCAGUGUUAUACACAAAUGUCAAUAAUCAUCAAUUCUAUCUUGCAACGUUUAUUAUCGCAUGAUGAAAAUUCUAGUUCAUGGUUAUCGGUUUGUUAUUGUUUAUUAAAAUCAACUCGAAUCUCAUCGAAUGAGCAAUUAAAAUCAAUUGUACUUACGUAUGCACGUGAUGUUGUUGUAGAUUUAUUUAGUUUAUGUAAAACAUGUUCACAAUUCGAAACAAUUCUAACCAAUCUAACAGAACUCCAAUCAUUUCUUACAGUCUAUGAGCAAAUAUCAUCAACAACAACAGCAACAACUUUAGGUUCAUCACCAUUAUCAAUAAAUAAGCAACACCAAUCAGAUAAUGUUCUAUUAAAUAGAAUUAUAUCAACAUUAAAUACAGUAUUUGAAUCAACAAAUAGUUCAACUCUUUUACAACUUGUCUAUCCAAUAUUGAUUAUCGCUUUUCAACAUAGCAAAGCAAUCAUUAGAAAUAAAACUAGAAAAUGUUGGAAUGAAACAUUCGGACGUUUAACAUUUAUUGUUUAUCCGAAUGAGCUUAGAGCCUGUCUUCGUGAUCUCAAAGAUAAGGAACACUUAUUAUUACCAUGUUUUCUUGCCGAUCAUGAUAAUAGUCACACAGCUAGUAGUGGAAUAUUACCCAAUAGUACUGAUGAAAGUCAAUUUUCUCAACAAGUUGAUAUAGUAAUUCCAUUAAUAAAUCUUCCUCGUCCAUCAUCUUCAGAACGCAUUCACUCGCCUUGCUUACAACCAAUUCACUCUACAAAUACCGAUCAAACUGAACCAAUAUUUGUUUCGAUAACAAAUAAUACCAAUCAUGAUAGCCAAUCUCAAUCUCAUGUUGUUAUUAGUAAACGUAUGGCAUCCACCAGUUCUUGUUUAACUGAAAAACAAAAAGAAAAAUUACGUACACGCCAGGCAAUACCGAUACUUUGCGAUGACACUAGUAAUGCACAAUCAUUGUCAUGUACGUUUGAUACGCCAACAAUUGAAAGUAUGAUGGCAACUUAUCAACUUCGUAAUUCAACCAAUGGAAAUAAGCAAACAACAAAUACGCAUAGUACGUCUCUAUUUAAUCAGUCGAGUUCUAAUUCUUCGCCUUCCGUCGAAUCACCAUCACAAGACAAUAAUACAACAGUUGAAUCCGCUUCAUCUCCAACAAUUAUGGAAAGUGCAAAUUCAUCUGCACAACUAUCAACUGAUAACAACGAUGACGAUAUACCUGAAGAAUCAUUGAUUGUAAAAAAACUCCGUCGUUCACGGCGGCAGUCCACAUCUGCACGUAAAAGUUUAACAAAUAGAACAAAAUUGAAAGCGAUGAAUUCAAUGUCGAAUGAACUAUUGACAACUAUUCCGUCGGUUGCUGAUAGUCCGACAGUAUCAUCGGAUAUUGAAAUAAUUAAAGCACGUCCAAUAAAAAGCAUCCUAAAACGUUUAUCACCAACCAAACCUCGACAAGAUCAUAUACGUCAUGUUGCUUUUCAUGAUCAAGUUCGAGUUUUAUUAUUUGCCUCACCAGUCCGCCGUAAUGUAAAUGGUCAACAACAGAAAAAGAAAAGUCCUAAUAAAGAUGAACUGAAAAAUUUAUCAACCAUAGCAACACGAAGUUCAAGUUUAAUGAAUAACAAUGAACAAGUAUUUCAAAAUAAUAAUAAAACACGUUCAUCAAAAUUAUUUAAUUUUGCCGAUGAUCCAAAACCUGAGGCCUCUGUAAAAAUCAAUAAAAUUGAAGAAUUACCUCGGCUAAAACCGACUGAGCCAAUCUAUCCAACAUUACUGGACUGCGAUAAACCGUUAGACUCUCUGAUUCAUGUAGUAUAUGGUGGCGUAUGCCCUACAAAUGCAAUAAAUUAUUUUCGUUCAAUAAAACUAAAUACUGUUGGUGAUAUCGCACGAUCAACAGCUGCACAGAUUGAAGUUUAUCCACUUCCACCACCUAAAUUAGCUAAUAUUCUAAAAGCUCUUUCAUUAUAUCAAGAGCGUCUAAUCAAUUCUCCAUCAUUAUCACCAAUUGUUGGUACAAAUGGUGAAUCUUUAACACCUAUAGCAAGUACAUCUGAAGAACCAAUCGCGAUUAGUGAUGGUACAUUUACCAAAGAAGCUUCAUCAUUGCCAACUGUAGUACCAACACUUAUUGAAGAUCCACAUAAUUCAUUGUAUGACGUUGAUACAUUAAUCGAUAGUCUUGAUUAUGAACGACUUUAUCUCACUAAUAACAAUAAUGAUAUCGAUGAUGAAAUAGAACCGCCGGCGGUGCCACCCCCACCUCCGUCAACCAGCCGACCUGAUUUCAUUCAAAGAAGACGACACAUAGCUUUAGUAAAUCGUGAUGAAGAAAUAUCUCCACAAAAACGUCGUUUAUCAAUAGCAAAUAAAGACGAAGAAGAAAAUCUCGAUAGUCAAGAGCUGGAUGAACAAAUUUCACCGAAAAAACAAACCAUUUCUCAUAGAACAAUAGGGGAACGUUUACAAAAAGCAGCUGAUAUAUUUAAAGAAAAUGGUCAUCUACAAUUUGAUGAAGAUUACAUUGAAUUAGUUCGGCAAUUAUUUAAUAAUUCAUCGCUAACACAUCUUGAGCGAUUACAUUUGAAAAGUUUAUUUCUUGAUAAUUAG